UCCGCUGGGGGCAUCAACACUGCUGCUCCUAAAAUCUUCAUUUAAUUUUUUAUGUUUGUAUGUUUUUAUGUUUUAUGUUCUAGAUCAGACGCUCAUCAUGUGGCAAAGCAUAUUGUUUUUUCUCUGCCUCGUCGUUUCAAGGGGGGCAGCCCACGACAUAAAAGUUGUGUGUGAGGAGCAUUACGAUUUUCCCAAAACAGAGCUAAAUGGCAGUCCAUCUCAGGUGGCAGGCCUAAAAGUGAAACUGGUGACGGUCGGACAGGAAAGAAAGCUGAACAUAAGCUGGGCGAUCAACAUUGAUGCUAGUAUUAUUCACCUGGAGGGCACAUGGGUCAUUUGUGGACAAUGGACCCACAUCUGUAAAUAUAAUCCCCCUUUGACUGAAGCGAACCUUACUGGGUCGGAGAAGGAAUGGUUUUCUUUUUUAGUUGGCGUAAGUUAUGGUUCAUUCCUUACCACCGUUUAUAAUGAGCCAUUACCUCCAGUGGGAAGUGGCCCCACAACUCUAUCAGAGUCUAUUUGGGUACCUCGUCAACCAGCAAUAACUGUUACACCGAGUACUACAAAGGCAACUUUGGAGUCUUUUCAAACAACACCGAAUAAUGAAGCACAAAAUGAAGAAAUUAAGACUGUCAGUAGAAUUGUUUUUGGAGUUGUGGCCUCGUUGAUAAUUUUGAUUUCCUGCUUUGUUAUAUAUAAGAUGUUUUCGUCGUACUCCGCUUUUGAAAUCCUUCCCGAGGCCCCCAUGACUCCAGUAUCGGUGGUUGUGGUGUAUCCUUCGGUGACGCCGGCCUUUCAGCGGGCGGUGGUGGCGCUGGCUGAGUUUCUGCAGUGGCACGGUGGCUGCAGAGUGACGAUUGAUAUCUGGCAGCAGGGAAAAAUUGCAGAACUUGGUCCACUGCGCUGGUUAGCUGAACAAGUAAAGAGUGCAGACCGUGUCCUGAUCGUCUCCCCUCAGGUGGAAACUCCCUCUUCUAUAACGGCACCCUGCACCCCCACUAGCAGCCUCCCAAGACAUUCCAUCCCAGCUGCAACUGGUGACCUUUACCCUCUGAUUCUCAACAUGGUGGCCAGUCACGCCAGGAGUUCCACUGAGCUGGCCAAGUUCUGGGUGGUGCAGCUGCAUGCGAAGAAGGACAAGAACUCUUGUGUGCUGCUGCCAGAGCUGCAGACGUGCAGGGCUUUCUGCCUGAUGAAAGAUUUGAACGGACUCUGCAAGAGCCUUCAUUCUCAGAAGACGGUUGGGAAGAAGAUAUCAUCGCUGUUGUUCAAACAGAAGAUUUUGUAUAGCCAAAGCAGCACAACGAAAUUGAGGGAAGCUGUAGAAAUGCUCAGUGCAAAGAAGUCAGGUAUAUUUGACAGAACCCUAAAAAAAGAUAUUUGUUGAAAGGGUUGAGGGCGAGCUGCAGAUGAAGAUAGGAUUCAUAUUGCAGUUUGUCUGUCUGUGUUACUGUUUUUCUAUCUUUAGCAUAUCAACCUCCUAGUUAGCAUUUUAUUCAAUGUUAGAAUAGCACUAUUUUAUAUAAUCGAAUGGGUUAAUUUCCAAAAGAAUGUACUUUGAACAUGACCUUCAGGUAUAUUGCUGUCAUUGUUAUUGUAGCAAAUAUAUCCUUGACUUUUAUUUACUAAAUAGUGUAAAGUAUUUUAGGAGCUGGUCAUUGUCAGUUGUCUCAAAGUUAUAUUUUGUGAAAUUCUUAACAUACGGCCUUUCUAAGCAUCUAGACUCUGUGUUUUACUGGGACUUAUGUGAUGGAGCAACACCAGGUGGUGCAUAAUUUUGGAGCAGAAGAGGAAUUGUAUGUUUGUCAAACAUUUUGCAAAUAAAAACAUUGAAAAGAC